UCAAAGUCAAAUCUUUUCUUUCCCCAUGCUUAAAUCGCCAUACAUAUUUAUCUUUGUCAUUGCGUCGAUAAAGGGCGAAAAGUUUUAUCGGCCCCAAUAUUUCUUGGAAGACGAAGUGAGGCACGUCAGGGACACCCGGGAAAGUUCCAAGAAGCCGCAGUGCGACGACAACGUCCUCGUAACGUAUCUGGCCGACUUUCAAAUCACAAAUCCCGAAAGUAUAGUGGGAAUUGCGAUAAACGACUUCGAUUCGGCGUGCAGAACUAUCGAGAAUAACUUGAGGAGAGUCGACAGGUAUCUAAAAAAUUGUUCGUUGCCGGUCGGGUUGUAUUUAAACCUUAUAUACGGACUUCGUUCUAUGGACGAGAAGUUAUGCAAAAACUUGAAAUUUUAUAGAAAAUUCGACACUUUUUACGCGUGCUUCCACGAUCUAAACAGAGAUUACGAUUCGUGCGACGGUCCAGCCGACUGGAAUGAAGACGAAGAUAAAAAUCGAGUGUGCAAGCAAUAUAAAUCCAUAACCGAUUGUUAUUUCGUAAAAACCGCCAAGGUAUGCGGGAUAAGCGCCGCAAAAACCUUAAAGGAAAUUAUGGUCGAUACGAUCGAUUGCGUUUUAACGGUAAAGUGCAAUGUAAAAUCUAAUCCCACCGUUAGAGAUGCCAUGCCCGAGAAAUAUAUGAAACAACUCACUAAAAAUACGUGCAGAUUAAGCAAAUGUGGCAACCCUAACAAUGACCAGAUCUAAAAAACAUUACCCUCUCCAUUUUCUUUUUAGGGAUGUUCGAGCCAGGAAGAAUUUAAUUUUAUGCAAUUUGUAACUUUCACUGUGUCAGGUAUCCUAUAUUUUGUCAUAUAUUAAAGGUAAAAUAAAAAAUAACCAAUUUUUUAUAAAAUUAAAUCAAUAAUUAAAAUUA